AACAGUUUAUCCAAAACCAGAAACUAGAGGCAAAAAAUUUCUGAUCUUUUCUCCACUGCAACUCAGUUUCAUCCUCCAUGGAAGCCUGUGCAGCUCUUCCUCUCUCUCAGCCUUCUAUUUUCCCACCAAAACCCAUUAGAAACACAUCAGUUUUUCCUUCUCGGCCAGGCAAGGAAUUAAGGAGCUUCCCCUUCCAAUCCUCCACUCGUUUAAAUUGCAGUAAAAUGUAUGUCCCUGGAUAUGGAGAAGCAUCACCGGAGGCUAAGGCGGCCAAGAACCUCCACAAUUUCUUCAACUACAUUGCAGUCAAGAUUGUCAGUGCACAGCUUCAGAGCUAUAACCCUGAAGCAUAUAAAGAUUUGAUGGAAUUCCUGGAAAGGAAUUCCUUGAACGAUGGAGACAAGUUCUGUGCCAACUUGAUGCGGGAAUCCGCCGGACAUAAGAGCCUGGCCCUGCGGAUCUUAGAGGUUAGAUCUGCAUACUGUAAGAAUGAUUUCGAGUGGGACAACCUGAAGCGCCUAGCUACCAAGAUGGUUGGCGAAUGUAACACAAGGCUCAUGCAGGAGUAUGUUUUAGAAACCACCAGUCUCAUAACCGAGAAAGAGACCGGGAAGUGAUCAAUUUGCUCACCAGCUCGUCUGUGUGUGGCUGUAUAUUCUGGUUUUAAGCAGUAUACAAUGCAAAGUAGCUCAUGAAUAUGGCACUAUAGCAGUGAAAUGUAGCUCAUGAAUAUAUUAGAAUCAUUGUCUUCAUAUAAUAAUUUUACAAACCUAUG